ACUGAUUACCGAGCCAAAAAAGAUAAAAAGAGAUGCAAAAACUGAAUAAUAUUUUUUGUCGCAAAAGAGGGAGAAGGGACGUGGCAUCCUCCGGUAAAUGAACGUUACGACAGGCAACAGACGAUGGUCCAUUGAUCAUCCAUGUCCGAAUCCGAAACGGAGACGAGGACGAGGAGGAUGCGAUGCAUCUCAUGUCGGGAGGAGUAUCGGGCAUGCGACGCCGGCACCUGCAAGGAGUGCUACGAGGAGGCCAGCGAGACGGAGGAGGAGCUUAAGCGCGAGAUCGAAGACCUCAAAGCCAAGGUUGCGUUUCUUAGGUUUUUGUCCCCAGUCGAUGACCAGUACUCCUCUUGCUUCACUGAUGUCGUUCUCGUCGCAUCAUCAGACGAUGACUGCGGCGAAGCCGCUGUCCGAGCCCACAAGGCCGUUCUUGUAAGCAGAUCUCCAGUGUUUAAAGCAAUGCUGGAAAAUGAGAUGGAGGAGAGAAGGAGUGGGACCAUAAAGAUCAGUGAUGUGUCUUAUGAUGUCCUUCGUUCCUUUGUCCAUUACCUGUACACUGCAGAAGCAUUACUUGAUGAGCAAAUGGCCUAUGACCUCUUGGUAUUGGCAGAGAAAUACCAGGUGAAGCAUCUUAAAGGCUUUUGUGAGAAGUUCAUAACCUCCAAAUUGAACUGGAACAGUGCUGUUAUGAGCUAUGCCUUCGCUCACCAGCACAAUGCCAAGCACCUGCUUGAGACAUCUCUUUCCUUGAUCAUUGACAACAUGGAAAAGCUAACAAAACGGGAGGAGUACAAGGAGCUUGUGGAGAAGGAUCCUCGCCUUGUUGUGGAAAUCUAUGAAGCCUAUCUUGCCAAGCAGGUCAAUACGGCUGCCCCCAAGGAUUCAUCCUUACUGUUAUAAGCAAGUGUAGUCACACUGUUCAAAAAUGAUAUAGAGUAAUAUUGUGUCCACUAGUGGAAAACCAUGAAUGCUUUCUCACCAAACAAACCAAGACUGCUGCCAAAAAGAUUCACCCAUGCAGCAGUUGGCAAGAAUUGCCAUGUGGUUCAGGAGUCUUGCUAAUGGUUUGUUUGUGUGUUGCACUCUUCUCAGAAAGUAAUAUGAUACAUCAAGAAUUUAAGACACAUUCAGGUAUUCCUUUUUGAAGGUCUUUCAUUUGUUUUGUGAAUUGUGAGAAACAAUCAGAUAUUGAUUUCUUUCAUCAUAUUAUGGUCAUUGUGUAAUGUCCUGUUGGUGAUUGUAA